AUGAAGAGCUCGUCGAUUGCGCUGCUGUUUAAUCGAGACGCUGCACCGCUGGGUGGGGCGGCGGGGGGGAAGGCGCAGCAACCAGGGGCUGGCGGGGGAGGAAAGGCGCAGCAGGCGGUGGGCGGAGAGGAAGCGGGAAAGGCAGGGGCGCAGGAUGGUUUGGAUGAUAAAUAUCUGAUCAACCUCAUUGACUCCCCUGGACACAUUGACUUCUGCAGUGAGGUGUCAACAGCAGCACGUGUGUCGGAUGGAGCAGUGGUGUUGGUGGAUGCAGUCGAGGGCGUGCACAUUCAGACACACGCCGUGCUAAGACAGGCCUGCCUGGAGCGCCUGCAGCCUGUACUCGUUAUAAACAAGAUGGACAGGCUUAUAACGGAGCUCAUGCUCACUCCUGCCGAGGCGUACGAACGGCUCAAGGGCAUCAUCACAGAGGUCAACAACAUCAUCCACGCGUUCCGCUCCGAGAAAUACAUGUCCCACGUGGACUCCCUCUCCCUGCCAGCUGGCGCCACGUCAGCAGGCCAUCCAGCUGGCGGCGCCGACGGGGAAGGUGGAGCAGGCGAGGGGGAAGGGGGAGGGGCAGGGGAGGGGGAGGAGGAGGAGGAGGAUGAGGAGGACGUGUUUUCCCCGGAUAAGGGGAAUGUGGCGUUGGCAAGUGCGGUGGAUGGGUGGGCUUUAAGAGUGAAUGACUUUGCAGCCAUGUACGCGAGGAAGCUGGGCGCGUCUGAGAAUGCCCUAAUGAAGGCUCUGUGGGGCGACUGGUACUAUAUCCCCAAGACGAAGAAGAUUUUGAGAAAGAAAGCAGCGCAUGCAGCAGUGGGCGGCGCAUCUUCGUCUGCUGCCGCCCGGCUGCGGCCGAUGUUUGUUCAGUUUGUGCUGGAGCCCGUGUGGCAGAUCUACGAAGCUGCCGCCCAGGGAAGCAACAGUGGUACUACUGGUAACAGUGGUAACAGCAACAGCGGCAGUGGUAGUAGCAAUGCAGAGGACGGCAGCAGUGCCAGUAAAUCUAAUCCGAUUCUCGAGAAGAUCGUAUCUUCGCUAGGCCUGUCCGUUCCGCCCAAAGAUCUCCAUCACAAGGACUCCCGCACCGUCGCCCAAUCAGUGAUCGCCAGGUGGCUGCCUCUCGCGCCCUGCAUUCUCUCCAUGGUGGUAGACUGCCUUCCCGACCCUGUCGCCGCCCAGAAAGACAGGCUCGGGUGCUACCUGCCGAACCGGCCUGCUGUACCGGCCGGUUCGGCAGACAGGUCUGGGGAAGCGGGAGAGGCGGAAGGGGAAGGAGGGGAGGAGUGGGUGUUGCGACAGGUGGCGGCGGUUGAUAGGGCGGUGGAGACGUGUGAUUCGAGUGAAGAGGCCCCGUGUGUGGUGUUUGUAUCUAAGAUGUUUGCCGUGCCUUUUGAAAUGCUGCCUAGGGAGGAGCAGCGGGCAGAAGAGGAAGCAGCAGCAGCAGGGGGAGGGGGAGGAGGAGGAGGGGGAGGAGCAGGAGGAGCCGGGACGGGAGGGGAUUUAAGUGCAGUGGACGAUUCAGGAGGGUCGGUGCGCGAUCGAGACUUCUUCUUUGCGUUUGCCCGCGUUUUCUGCGGGCGGCUGCGGGUGGGGCAGCGCGUCUUUGUCCUCUCCCCUCUGUACGACCCGUGCCGCCCGGCGACAUGGGCGCGGCACAAACAAGAGGCGCAAGUGGGCGCACUGUUCAUGAUGAUGGGGCAGGGGCUGCAGCCAAUCAGCAGCGUGCCAGCUGGUAGCUGUGUGGCGAUCAAGGGAUUGGAGGCGUGCAUUCUCAAGAGUGCUACAGUGUCUUCGACUCCUUACUGCCAGCCAUUUGCCUCAAUGGUCUUCCAGGCUGCUCCUAUAGUCCGAGUGGCAAUCGAGCCAGAGGACCCCCGGCACCUCCAUCUACUCACCCGCGGUCUGCGCCUUCUCAACCGUGCAGACCCCUUCGUAGAGGUCGUCCUGGCUCGCUCAGGGGAGCACGUGGUGGGGGCGGCGGGCGAGGUGCACCUAGAGCGAUGCAUCAAGGACCUGCAGGAGCGCUUCGCUCGCAUCAAGCUGGUUGUGUCCAAGCCCAUCGUUUCGUUCCGAGAAACCAUUGCCCCCACGGGAUAUGCGACUGGCUCUGGGUGUGAGAGUGCGUUUGUGUUUCCUACUACAGUGCUUACCGUUACCACCACCCCGGGACCCCCGCCUAGCCUCACUUCAGUGCUUGGUGCCGGCGGUGCUGGUGGUGCUGGGGUUGAUGGGAUGAGCCACGGUGGGAGCACCGCAUCCCCCUUAUCAGCAGCUUCGUUAUCACCACUAGCAGCGCUAGCAGCGAAUUCAGCCUUUUCUACUGCCUCUGCUGCUUCUGGAGCAGCCAUACCACUAGGGUUUGGCCUCGGUUACGCCCUUGCGGUUACCACCACUAGCACGGGUUCUGCUGCUGCUGGCGGUGCUGGUAACAGCAGCGGUGGCGGCGGCGGUGCUGGUUCAGUUAGUAACCCUGCUCAUCCCUCAUCAGCAGGAGCGGGAAGGGGAGGGGCGGCAGCAGGGGCAGGGUUACCCGGGGGAGGUGCUUUCUGGACGGAGCUCUGGGCGGCAAACGGGCGGUGCCGGGUGCGGGUGCUCGUUGAGAAGCUUCCUGGAAAGCUGGCAGCGGUUUUAGAGAGAGAAGGGGAGACUCUGAGGGAUGCUCUUGUGGAGGAGGGCGGGGGGGUGGGGGGCGGAGGCAAGGGGGGAGGGAGAGGAGGAGUAGGAGGAGGAGGAGGAGGAGGAGAGGGAGGAGGAAGGGGAGGAGGAGGAGGGGAAGUAGAAGGAGAAACGUCAGCAAUAACAGAGAAUUCAACCCAGUCAAUGCAGUCAAUGCAGCAGUCAAGACAUUCAGCCACUCUCGCAUCCCUGAGGCAACGUCUCCUAGAAGCUAUAGACGAGGCAGACAUAGACGAGGGCUUGGACGCAUCUGGGGGAGGCUCAUCUGCCGCCUCUGCUUCCGCCGCUGCUGCGUCGUCUUCUUCUGCAGCGAACCAGCCAAUGGGAGCGGAGGCGAGGCGGGCGGCAGUGGCGGAUUUCCGGGCGGCAUGGAGGAGCAAACUAGAGAGAAUCUGGUCACUAGGGCCGAGACACGUCGGCCCAAACCUGCUGCUGGCUCCUAUGCCUGUGACGUUUAGUGGGGGCAGUGCUGAUAAAUCUAAGUUGGAGGUUUCCGUGAAUCCUAGUGGGAGUGGUUCGGAUCAUUCUAGGUCAGGGGUUUCUGGUAGUUUGCCACCUGGCGGUGUGGUCGUUCCAGGGCUGCCAGAAGCUUCCUGGAAGCUGGGCCUGGCAAGCGCAGGUGCAGCGCAGGGUUAUGCAGAAGAAACGGGGAAAGAGGUGGGAGGGUCAACUGGUGCAGUCGCUUUAGGGGGUGCAGCAGAGGAGGAGGCGCCGCGGGUAGAGCAGGAGGUGAGGGAGGGGGAGAAGGAGCGCGAGGAGAGGGAGGGUGAUGCCAGUGUUGGUGGCGCGUCCUUUGGUGACUCCAGUGCUCCAGAGCAUGAAGUCGUGCUGCGGAAUGAAGCGGCUGUUGAGACGUCUCAAGAGGAGCAUGAUGACGUGGCACUGCGGCACGAAGCGGAGGGAUUGGCGGGGUCGGUGGUGAGUGGCUUCCAGCUCGCCACGUCAGCAGGCCCUCUGUGCGAGGAGCCCCUGUGGGGGCUGGCGUUCACUGUAGAGGUUGUGAUUGUAAAGGGUGCCGGUCGGGCAGGAGGAGCCUUCACUAGUAGCACCAGCACCAGCAGCACCACCACGACUACCACUUCCACUACCACUAGUGGCAGCAGCGAGCAGCAGGCCAAUGAAAACGCGACACCUGUCCCUGCAGCUUCAGCUCCAACACCCACUGCUCCUGCCUCAAGUGUGCCUAUAUCGGGACAAGUGAUGAGCGCAGUGAAAGACGCGUGCAGAGCAGCAGUAGCAGCCAACUCCCCUCGCCUGGUGGAAGCCAUGUUUCUGUGCGAGGUCACGACCACCACUGAGGCACUAGGGGCUGUGUAUGCAGUGCUGGGGAGGAGGAGAGCAGCCGUGGUGAGGGAGGAGAUGAAUGAAGGCUCGGGCAUGUUCACCGUGCAUGCGCACUUGCCCAUGGCCGAGUCUUUCGGGUUUGCAGAGGAGUUGAGAGGAAGGACGUCCGUGCUGGGGAGGAGGAGAGCAGCAGUGGUGAGGGAGGAGAUGAAUGAAGGCUCGGGCAUGUUCACUGUGCAUGCGCACCUGCCCAUGGCUGAGUCGUUUGGAUUUGCGGAGGAGUUGAGAGGGAGGACGUCCGGUGCUGCCAGCCCCCAGCAAGCAGAUGUGGAGCCUGAGGAGAUGAAAAAGGGAUCCAAGCCAACACUUGCUGGCGAUGAGUCAUUGCUGGCGAUGAGUCAUUGGUCAAUGGUCCCCGAUGAUCCGUUCUUUGUGCCGCGGACAGAGGAGGAGAGGGAGGAGUAUGGCGAUUCGGGGGUGGGGCUGGGGGUGAACGUGGCUCGUAGGCUGGUGGAUGGGGUGAGGAGGAGGAAAGGGCUCCCUGUAGAGGAGAAGGUCGUUGAGAAGGCCACCAAGCAACUAGAGGAGAGGGAGGAGUAUGGCGACUUGGGCAUGGGCCUGGGGGUGAACGUGGCUCGUAGGCUGGUGGACGGGGUGAGGAGGAGGAAAGGGUUACCCGUAGAAGAGAAGGUUGUUGAGAAGGCCACCAAGCAACGCACCCUGGCUCGCAAGGUGUAA